AUAGAGCGAAUCCAUCGGACCAACAUGGGGCCCCAAGGACUCCCGCUAACACUGUGGUUGGUCUACCUGGCGCUGCUGGUUGGCUCCCUGUCUCAAACUGUCUCUACUGUCACUUCUAUACAAACACUGGAUCUGAACUCAGCCAACGCGUCUCAUUUGGACCGAGUCUGCACAGCCUGGGGCCACUAUCACUUCAAGACCUUUGAUGGAGAUUUCUUCCAGCUGGCCUCCACCUGUAACCAUGUGCUGGUCUCCCUCUGCAAAGGAAGCUAUGAGAGUUUUAACGUGCAGAUGAGGCGCAGCCUGGUGGACAACAUUCCCACCAUCGGCAGCAUCACCAUGAAGCUGGAUGGUUCAGUGGUGGAGCUCUCCAACAGCUCAGUCAUUUUUAACGGCCAGCUGGUGUCUCUGCCAUUCGUUGCGUUUGGAGUGACCAUCAAAAGGACCACAUCAAGCAUCUUUGUUGAAGGGAGUCUUGGGAUUAAGGCUGUCUGGAACCUGGAUGACUCCUUAGACAUCGAACUGGAUGACAAAUAUCAGAACCAGACCUGUGGGCUGUGUGGGAACUUUGACAAGAUAUCCAAUGAUUUUAUGAAAGAUGGAGCUGUGCUGUCUGUGGUUGACUUUGCUGAAAUCUACAAAGUAAACGGGCCCACUGAGACCUGCGUGGAGCCAGACCUCAGCCCAGUCCAGAGCUGUGGGGACCAGCUGCUCUGUGAGGAGACCUUCUCCAAUGAUCCAUUCAGCAGCUGCCAGAACCUUCUUGAUGUUGAAUCAUUUACCAAAGCCUGCAUGGCCGACAUGUGCAACUCAGAAGAAAACACAGACGCCAUCCUCUGUAAAACCAUCUCAGAGUUCUCCAGACAGUGUGUCCAUGCAGGAGGAAGCCCCCAGCCAUGGAGGAACCAGACGUUCUGCUACAAGCCGUGUCCGUUCAACAUGGAGUUCAUAGAAUGUAGCAGCCCGUGUCAGGACUCCUGCUCCAACCCACAGGCCAGUCAGACCUGCGACUCCCACUGUCACGAUGGCUGCGGCUGCCCGCCCGGAAUGGUGUUUGAUGACAUCGGUGGCACAGGAUGCAUCACGGCUGAUCAGUGCCCAUGUGUGCAUGGGAAGCGGAUCUAUCGCUCAGGAGAGUCCUACUCAUUCAACUGCAGAUCCUGCGUUUGUCAGAGCGGCCACUGGACGUGUGCAGAGGAGAACUGCUCAGGAACCUGUUCGGUGGAGGGAGGAGCUCACAUCACCACCUUUGAUGGAAAAAUCUACACCUUCCAUGGAGAUUGCUCCUAUGUUCUGGCAAAACAGAGUGACGGCUCUUUGUACACCGUGCUAGUGGACCUGGUCAAAUGUGGUCUAACAGACAGCAGGACUUGUCUGCGAGCUGUUACUCUGGCUCUGGGCAGCAACGCCGUGGUCAUCAAAAUUCAAGCAUCUGGACAAGUUUAUGUCAACAACAUUCUCUCUCAGCUACCAUUGUUUACACCGGAGAUGAGCGCCUUCAGGCCGUCGUCCUUUUAUGUGGUAUUCAGCACCAAAGUUGGAAUCCAAGUGAUGGUCCAGCUGUCUCCUGUCAUGCAAGUCUUUGUUUCCGCUGAUGUGUCACUUAAAGGAGCCACGUCAGGAUUGUGCGGGAACUUCAACAACAUAAUGAGUGACGACUUCCAGGGGAUCAGUGGACUUGUAGAGGGAACCGCUGCAGCAUUUGCCAACACCUGGAAAACUAGAAUCAGCUGUCCCAACAUUGUGCAAAACUUUGGAAAUCCUUGCAGCCAGGACAUCAACAGAGAGACAUAUGCACAGUACUGGUGCUCCAAACUGACAGAUCCUGUGGGAGUGUUUGCUCCUUGCCACUCUGUUGUCAGCCCCAGCUCAUACAAAGAUAACUGCAUGUACGACAGCUGUAACUGCGAGAAAAGUGAAGAGUGCAUGUGUGCUGCAGUGUCUUCGUAUGUCUACGCCUGCUCAGCAGCAGGAGUCCACAUCAGAGGCUGGAGAGAAACCAUCUGUGGAAAAUUUAGCCAAUCAUGUCCAGAGGAGACAGUUUAUGAUUACAACAUGACCUCCUGCGGUCGGACAUGCCGCUCCCUCAGCCUGGCAGAUUUCUCCUGCCAGGUCAGCUUUGCCUCUGUGGACGGCUGUGGCUGUGCUGAGGGAACCUACAUGAACGAAGAGGGAAAGUGUGUGUCCAGUGAAAGCUGUCCCUGCUAUGAUAAGGACACCUUUAUCCCCGCUGGACAGGCUAUCAUUAAAGACGGAGUAACAUGUGUCUGCAGACAUGGAGCCCUGAGCUGCUCAGGAGGAACCAUGCCACCGACUUCCACAUCAUGUGCUGCCCCCAUGAUUUAUUUGGAUUGCUCCACUGCUCAGCCUGGGACCAAAGGGGCUGAGUGCCAGAGGAGUUGCAGCACAGCGGACAUGCUUUGUAUCAGCACAGGCUGUACGUCCGGAUGCGUGUGCCCAGAUGGCCUCUUAUCAGAUGGAGCAGGAGGAUGCAUCAAUGAGACAAACUGUCCAUGUGUUCACAACGGACAGGUCUACCAGCCGGGACAGACUCUGACAGUGGACUGUAACACCUGUUCAUGUAGUGGAAGAAAGUUUACUUGCACCAACAAUGUGUGCAAUGCAGUUUGUGGGAUCUAUGGAGAUGGUCAUUACAUCACAUUUGAUGAUAAAAGGUUUGACUUCAAUGGAGAAUGUGAAUACACGCUCCUCCAGGAUUACUGCAGCCCUGGUCAGGGAACUGGUAGCUUCAGUAUCAUCACAGAGAAUGUUCCAUGUGGAAGCACAGGAACCACCUGCUCCAAGAACAUCAAGAUCUUUCUUGGGGAUAAUGAAUACCACCUUAAAGAUGAAAGUUUCCACGUGGUCAAAGGAAACAUCAAAGUUCUCCCUGCUUCAGUUCGGAAAAUGGGCCUUUACCUGGUGGUGACCAUCCAAUCAGGACUUGUUGUCACGUGGGACAAGAAAACCAGCCUUUUCAUUUCCCUCAGCCCAAAGUUCCAGGGUCAAGUCUGUGGUCUUUGUGGGAACUACGACGGCAACAGUAAAAAUGAUUUCAAAACACGUUCUCAAGAGACAGUGACGGAUGUUUUAGAGUUUGGAAACAGCUGGAAAGUGUCUUCUAGCUGCUCCAAUGCGCAGCUUCCCAGUGACCCCUGUGCUUCCAACCGGUACCGAGCAGCCUGGUCCCAGAAACAGUGCAGCAUCAUAACCAGUGGCCAGUUUAAGAAGUGUCAUUCCAAGGUUGAUCCCGGCCCGUACUACGAUUCCUGUGUGAGAGACUCUUGUGCUUGUGACACUGGGGGUGACUGUGAGUGUUUCUGCACCGCUGUGGCCGCCUACGCCAAAGCUUGUAAUGCAGCUGGGGCCUGCAUCAGAUGGAGAACGCCCAAGAUGUGCCCUAUUUUCUGUGACUACUAUAACUCCGAUGGUGGCUGUGAAUGGCAUUACAAGCCCUGUGGAGCAGACUGCAUGAAGACAUGUAGGAAUCCGUCCGGAGACUGUUCCAAGCUCAUCAACAAUAUGGAAGGCUGUUAUCCAAAGUGUCCUCAAAGCAAGCCAUUCUUUGAUGAAGACACCAUGAAGUGUGUUGCCUGGGACCAGUGUGGAUGCUUUGAUGACAAGGGGACCCAUUAUUGCCUAGGAGAGCAGGUCCCAUCCAAACCCUGCUACACAUGCUCCUGUACAUUAUCUGGGAUAAUAUGCGACUACAGCCUUAAUUGUGAGUAUAAAUCAUAA